AUGAAUGCUGAACAGGCUGGUUAUCAAGCCAUCGAUAGGAUAUGUGACUACCAUGUCACCUUGAGGGAUAGACCUGUCUUAUCCCAAGUUGAACCAGGGUACCUCAGAAAGGCGCUCCCGUCCUCCGCCCCCACUGAAGGCGAGGACUUCCAGCUCAUCGCUGACGACUAUCAAAAGUACAUCAUUCCUGGCCUGACACACUGGCAACACCCCUCAUUCUUUGCGUACUUCCCUACACCAAGCACAUUCGAGGGCAUACUUGCAGAACUAUACGCGUCUAGCACGUCUAACCCUGGAUUCAACUGGUCUGUGAGUCCCGCAUGUACAGAGCUUGAGGCUGUGGUCAUGGACUGGAUCGCUCAAUUGCUUGGGCUUGAUGAGUCGUUCUACAACACCUCCGAGGUCGGUGGCGGCGUCAUUCAGACGUCAGCAUCUGACUCUGUGUUAGUCGCCACUGUCGCUGCACGUUCACGAUACAUUCGUGAGCACCCUCAGGUAGCGAUGGAGAAUCUCGUGCUCUAUACCACUACCCAAACCCACUCGCUUGGGAAGAAAGCUGGGCUUGUCUUAGGUCUCAGAGUGCGCGCACUAGCAGUCACAGCUCAGGAUGACUUUGCAUUGCGUGGAGACACACUCAAGGUAGCAUUGGAGGAGGAUAUGAACGCUGGGUUCCACCCUUUCAUCUUGAUCGGUACUGUAGGGACGACAUCUUCCGGUGCUGUCGAUCGGCUGGACGAGAUUGCUGAUGUUGCAAAACAUUACCCUUUCCUUUGGCUGCAUGUCGAUGCCGCAUGGGCAGGCGUUGCACUCGUGUGUCCCGAAUAUCGCGAGGCAUACCAACUUCCCACCAUCAAUAGUUAUGUAGAUUCUUUCUGCACCAGUUUCUACAAGUGGGGUCUAAUCCAAUUUGAUGGCUCUUGUUUGUGGGUGCGGCACCGGAAAGAUUUGACAGACGCACUAGACGUUACACCCGAAUUUUUGCGGUCAAAGCACGGAAAUGCUGGCACCGCUAUCGAUUACCGCAACUGGCAGUUAGGCCUUGGCAAACGGUUCCGAUCGCUCAAAUUCUGGUUUGUUCUUCGUGCGCGGGGAGUGAAAGGCUUCCAAAAGUACAUCAGCGACUGUAUCAAGUUGAACACCAAGUUCACACAGAGCAUAUAUGAAUCCGAGUUAUUCUCCGUCGUCACCAAGCCUUCCCUUUCCAUGACAGUCUUCAGGCUUGCACCCAAGUCCCUUCCUCAACUCAGGACUUCCGAGCUAAAUACUUUGAAUCGUGCCUUUUAUGCACGGCUUGCGGCACGGAAUGAUAUUGCGAUCACCCAAACAGACUUGAAUGGGGUGUUUUGUAUUAGGAUGGUGAUCGGGGCUGAACAGACUUUAGAAAGUGAUGUCGAACGCGUGUUAGCGUUGAUGAAGUAUGAGGCGAUGGUUUUGUUAAAGAACCAAUGGGAGGGGAUUGGAGGUCGCAGAGGUAGGAAGACGGAUGUGGUCCCAUUUCACUCCCAUUAA